AUGAGAGAGAUCGUACAUAUCCAAGGUGGUCAAUGCGGUAACCAAAUCGGAGCCAAGUUCUGGGAAGUCAUUUCAGACGAACACGGAAUUGACCCCACCGGUACCUAUCACGGAGACUCUGACCUUCAACUUGAGAGAAUCAACGUUUACUACAACGAAGCCACCGGAGGCCGUUACGUACCAAGAGCCGUUCUCAUGGACUUGGAACCAGGCACCAUGGACUCUGUCAGAGCUGGCCCAUUCGGUCAACUCUUCAGACCAGACAACUUCGUCUUCGGUCAAUCCGGAGCUGGUAACAACUGGGCCAAGGGUCACUAUACCGAGGGUGCUGAGCUUAUCGACUCAGUCCUCGAUGUUGUUAGAAAGGAAGCUGAAGGUUGCGAUUGCCUCCAAGGAUUCCAAAUCACCCACUCACUCGGAGGUGGUACUGGUUCAGGUAUGGGAACCCUCUUGAUCUCCAAGGUCAGAGAAGAUCGUCCCAUCACCAAAGGUCUCAGAUACCGUCGUUGA